AUGAAGAAAACGGGGAAGGGAAGUAAGGAGAAGGAAAAGGAGAAGGGGAAGGAGAAGGAGGGGGAUAAGGAGAAGGAGGAGGGGUUCAAAGCUAUGUUAUCAUGCUUAAUUCUGCCAAAAAUCACAGGCAACCUCCCUAGUCUUCCAUUGGACCAAGCGUUGUUUCCAUCAGAACUUCCGCUAGCAGAUCCCUCUUUCGGGGAAACUGGACCAAUUGACAUGCUGAUCGGCGCAGAGAUAUUCUGGGAGCUACUGUGCAUUGGACAAUUUAAAUUGGGACCUGAACAACCGACAAUCCAGAAAACUCAGUUGGGAUGGGUGAUAACCGGACCGCUAUCUAGGCAGCUUAUCCCAGAGCUACCAAAAACAUCUUGCCAUCUUGUCACCAACCAACAACUCAACGAGGACAUUGCUAAAUUUGAAGGCUGUGAAGAAACCCACAGCACUCUUGCUAUCAACGAACGGAACCGCUGUGAGCAACACUUUGGCAGUUCAACGACACGAAACAGUGAGGGACGUUUCGUGGUCAGAAUUCCAUUCAAGGAGGACACAAGAAAAUUAGGUGAAUAUCGAUUGAUCGCUGAAAAACGGCUGCUAUCCCUUGAACGACAACUCUCCAGGAACAAAGAACUUCGUGACCAGUAUGUAGCCUUCCUGGACGAAUACUAA